AUGGCCACCCUCUCCCUCCGCUCGCACUUCGCCCACCUACCCCCACCAGCCGAAUGCCUCGCCAUCCUCCUCGGCAGCGCCGAACUCCUCCUCUUCGGCCUCGGCGGCCUCACGGACCCCAAAGCCUUCGCCGCCGGCUACGGCCUGCCCAUCACCUCCUCCUCUCCCACCCCGGAACCUCAACCUCAACCUCCAGCCUCCGACCCCGAACCCCUGCCGCCCCCGCAACCAAAAGCCCUCAUCCGCGCCCUCUGCGCGCGCAACCUGCAAAACGGCGCCCUCCUGCUGACCUUUGCCCUGUACACGCGCGACCGGCGCAGUCUGGGCUUCGCGGUGCUUUUGGGCCUCAUCACGACGGUGGCGGAUACGGUGAUUGUGUGGAAAUCCGGGGUGAGGGAUCUCGUCGUGGGGCAUGCGGUGGGGGUGGUGAAUUGUUUGGCUGUUGGGGGCGGGUUGCUGCUUUGGGGGAGGGGGGAUGCUUGGUGGUGA